UUAGGCGCCGCGAUGGCGGAGCCGGGCGUGCUUCUGCCACAGGAGCGAGGGUAGCUUCUUGUUCCGGAAGUGCCUGUGAGGAGAUGGCGGCGGCGGCGGCUCCAGGCCCUUGGUAACCGCGCUCUCGUGACAGAUUCGGAAAGUUGCUGCUUGUUCUCUCCUCGGCGCCAUGGCGGAUCGCGGCCUCGGCUCCUCCGAGCACUUGGAGCGGCUGCACGAAAUCUUCCGCGGCCUGCAUAAGGAGCUGCAGGGUGCCGCGGAGAGAGUACGCGGGAGCUCAGCCGCUGAAGAGAAGAAGAAGCUGCUUCGGGAAUUUGAAGAAAAACAAAAAGAAGCAAAUGAAACACUACGGGAAAUGGAAGAAGAACUGAAAUAUGCUCCAGUGUCCUUCCGCAAUCAAAUGAUGAUCAAAAUUCGAACCUACCGAAGAGACCUUGCAAUGUUCCAGAGGAAAAUUAGAAGUACAGAUUUGGGAGUGGUCCCAGGAGGACCUGGAGAUAAAAAAUAUGGUAUCUUCUCUGAGGAAAAUCAACAAAGUACUCAAUUACAGUCUCAGAGGGUGCUGCUGCUUCAGGGAACAGAAAGCUUGAAUCGAGCCAGUCAAAGCAUAGAGCAUUCACAUCAGAUUGCUGCAGAGACAGAUCAAAUUGGUACCGAUAUCAUUGAAGAACUUGGGGAACAACGGGAACAACUGGAACGCACCAAAAGCCGUCUAGUAAAUACAAAUGAGAACUUAAGCAAAAGCCAGAAGAUACUACGUUCCAUGUCCAGAAGACUUAUGACAAACAAACUGCUGCUCUCCAUCAUUAUCAUUCUGGAACUAGCCAUCCUGGCGGGCAUUGUUUACUACAAGUUCUUCAGCUGAACUUUCCAGACAGCUUUCUGCCUUGAUGCCUUCAUCACCUCAAGGACUAGAUACAGACAUUGCCAAGAAGGAACUCUUUAGCACAGGCUGAAAAGGGUGGAUUAUGCAUUACAGCUGAAAGACUAUACAUGUGCCGUCAGAGUCUAGGCAACAUGUUUAUCAGACAAUAGUGCAUUACUAUUGGAAGGAAGCAUGGCUAGGAAGAAAGACAGGGUGCAAUAAAGUGUUGGUAAGACUGUAUAAUUGCAACAUAAAGUAAUAAAUAUUUCUAAGAUGACAGUGUGGUUGUCUAAGUCUUAAUACAGCAGUUUAGUAGUAC